AUAGACAGAGAGGCCGUGUUUGGCAACUGCUACGUUUCCUCCUUUUAUUCAGUUGGAACAAGAGACAAGUCUGGAAAGUUCGGGGGGAGAGGACACAGAGGAUGCCGGCGUUCGGACAUGAAACGACGUGUAAUAAAAAUUGUCAUAUAUUGCGAUCUGAGUUAAGACAAAUCCGGUUCCGCUGGUGUUUCAUUUGUCUUCGUUGUAACUGGGACGAGGCAUCCAUGGACUGUUAGAUAUCUUGAUGUUGAGCCCAAAUUUGGUCCAACCCAAAAACUUGUAUCUUGGCCUUGGGCCCGUGGGUAGUCAGCUUACGUCUGUAAACGCAUCGUUUCUUCUUGUUUACCCUCAAGCCAAUCCGAAACGUGGCGUAAUUGAGCUGCGAGUUUUCUCUCACGCAGAGCGCCAGGGAGGCCGCGGGACGCAAUUCUAGCUCUAAGUCGAAGCUUGGGCUACUGUUUCCAAACUUUGGGAAUCCUUGAGCGUCAGAUGGUACUGACUUGAGCUAUUGCAAAAACAGGGAUUCUUUAGUUGCUGCUCAAAAACAGUCAAGCAAAGAUGCCAGCGUUAGCUUCAACAAGGUUGCUUCUAUUUUUUGGAGAAUCUUUACCCUUCCAUAGGUUCCCUAGUGUGUCUAGGAAAGUUUGGCGCCAGCCUAGUCUACGUUUCGUGAGUCAGGUUAAUCAUAAUAAUGGGCCUCUCACUCUUGCCAGCCUUGGUUUCAAGAGUGAGUUUGAAGAAACAAACAAGAAUAAAGGAAAUAAAAUGGAGAGGCUCAGUGUUUCUAAUGAAGCACCCAAAACUAAGGUGAGCGUGGUUGGAAGCAACAGUAUAAAAGGAGGUAAAGUGGUUGGGGUGAAAAAUUCACUAGAAAUUGAGUCAGCGCCUUUUGCUGCACAGUCAUUUUCGGAGCUUGGCCUCCCACCUUUGUUACUAGAGAGAUUAGAGACUGCAGGCUUCACGGUUCCGACUGAUGUUCAGUCUGCAGCAGUUCCAACAGUUCUCAAGGGUCAUGAUGUUGUGAUUCAGUCUUACACGGGCUCAGGAAAAACAUUGGCGUAUCUCCUUCCCAUACUGUCUGAAGUAGGCCCUCUGAAAAAGAAAUCUCCUAAUGGCAAGGGUGAAUCUGGGAAGAAAAGAGAGAUUGAAGCAGUUAUUGUGGCUCCCUCUAGAGAACUGGGGAUGCAAAUUGUUAGGGAGUUUGAAAAGCUUCUAGGUCCUGCAGACAAGAGAGUUGUUCAGCAACUUGUAGGAGGUGCAAACCGAUCAAGACAGGAAGAAGCUUUAAAGAAAAACAAGCCAGCUAUUGUUGUCGGCACCCCUGGCCGAAUUGCUGAGAUCAGUGCAGCUGGGAAGCUUCACACUCAUGGCUGUCGCUUCUUGGUUUUAGAUGAAGUUGAUGAGCUCCUUUCAUUUAAUUUCCGGGAGGAUAUGCACCGGAUAUUGGAACAUGUGGGUAGGAGAUCAGGUGCUGACCCCCGUGGCUCACUUGCUAAGUGGGCUGAGCGUCUGACCAUUAUGGUGUCUGCUACAGUUCCAUAUUCAGUUAUAAGGGCAGCUAGGAGCUGGGGACACGACCCACUUCUUGUUCAAGCGAAAAAAGUCUUGCCACUUGACUCUGUUUCUCCCUCUGGACCUGUUAAUCUCUCAAGGCCUACAUCCAGUUCAGACUCAAGUUCAAAUAUGCAGACUCAAGCUGCAUCACAAAGCCUACCACCUGCUUUGAAACACUACCAUUGUGUCACAAAAUUACAACACAAGGUUGACACAUUGAGAAGAUGUGUUCAUGCACUUGAUUCCAAGUCAGUGAUAGCUUUCAUGAACCAUACAAAGCAGCUAAAAGAUGCUGUCUUCAAGCUAGAGGCUCGUGGGAUGAAAGCUGCAGAGCUGCAUGGUGACCUUGGAAAGCUUGUGAGGUCAACAACAUUGAAAAAAUUUAAGCAUGGGGAAGUGAGAGUUCUGGUGACAAAUGAACUUUCAGCAAGGGGUUUGGAUGUGGCAGAAUGUGACCUUGUGGUUAAUCUGGACUUACCCACUGACUCUAUCCACUAUGCACACCGAGCUGGUCGAACGGGUCGGCUUGGCAGGAAAGGUACCGUGGUAACCAUCUGUGAGGAGCCAGAAGUGUUUGUUGUGAAGAAGCUCCAGAAGCAGCUUGGGGUUCCCAUUCCAGCUUGUGAGUUCACGGAAGGCAAACUUCAUGUCAUUGAAGCAGAGAAAACUUUAGGGGCUGCAAGGUGAUACAUGCUCGUUUUUUCCAGUAUCAUAUUUGGAAAUAAAAAAUCAACCCAGACCUUUCUCCUGCUUCUGUUUACAUCGCUUAUAAUAUACCAGAAGUUUGUAUCGUGGUCUAGUGAACUUUAUUCCCAUAUUUUUUAAAGCUUUUGGGGUGGGGGGAAGGCUAUGCAUAUAUCAUCCUUUUCUACCAACUUUACCAACACCCUGUGUUUAGUUCAGUUGUACACUUAUUGUUUCGACUAUUUCUGUACAGAGUGCUUUCAGUAACUGAUCUGAACUAUUUAAUCAAGGGUGAAUGCAAAAACAUGGAGUGACAAUAGCAGCAAGAAACAGGAUGCGUUCACCAGAAAAAGAGAAAUUAGAUCCCUUUUCCAGUGGCAAACAGUCUAGCUUUCCUCAUGUUAUAUUUUGACAUCUGAGUUUUGCUAACAUAGACUUAAACUUUCAGUCACAUUACAAGCCCCCAGAUUACAUCUCAAACUGGAUGUCUGAAGGAUAUCGUAAAUACGGCAGUAUGCCGUUUUAAUUUAUUAAUACUGUGUAUUGAAACAGUUAUUUGUGGAUGGAAGCAUGACAACAGUAACAUACACCAGCC